AUGGAAUAUAAUUGUUUUUGGUUUGCAGCUACAAUUCCAAGAUGUGGUGGAUGUCAUGAACUCAUUCUAGAUCGGUUUAUAUUGAAAGUUUUGGAAAGAACGUGGCAUGCAAAGUGCUUGCAGUGUAGUGAAUGCCAUGUUCAGCUGAACGAAAAAUGUUUUGCCCGAAAUGGAGCAUUAUUUUGUAAAGAGGAUUUUUUCAAGCGUUAUGGAACCAAAUGUGCUGGAUGUGACUUAGGGAUACCGCCAACGCAAGUUGUGCGGAAAACCCAAGAUUAUGUCUAUCAUCUGCAGUGUUUUUCUUGCACGAUUUGUUCGCGCCAGCUAAACACUGGCGAUGAAUUUUAUUUGAUGGAAGACAGAAAAUUAGUUUGUAAACCGGAUUAUGAAACGGCUAAAUCAAAAGGUUUAUAUAUAGAUGGCUCGUUAGACGGUGAUCAUCCGAAUAAACGACCUCGAACAACAAUUACGGCUAAACAAUUAGAAACCUUGAAAACGGCAUACAAUAAUAGUCCAAAACCAGCUCGCCAUGUUCGUGAGCAGCUGUCACAAGAUACGGGUCUAGAUAUGCGAGUGGUGCAAGUAUGGUUCCAGAAUAGACGGGCGAAAGAAAAACGAUUGAAAAAAGACGCCGGACGCACACGGUGGAGUCAAUAUUUCCGUUCGAUGAAAGGUGGUAGUUCGCCUCGUUUAGAUAAAUUACUCGACAAAGAUGAACUGAAAGUGGAUCUAGAUAGUUUUAGCCACGAUCUAAGUAAUGAUAGCUACAGUACGGUAACGAUGGGCUUAGAAGAUGGCACCUCUCCACAAAGUGGUGGUCGUGUGUCUUCUUAUUUGCAUGGAAGUGGAAAUUCACCGCCAUAUUUAUCCAGCUAUUCACCUCCGCCAAUGGGAUCGGGACACUCAUUCAAAUCAUAUCCAGACAAUAUUGUUUAUACUUCAAUCGAUCAGGGCGGUAAUAAUAUGAGAGGAAUGCGUAGUAGUGGAAUGUCAGAUUUGAGUAAUGAUUCGGAAAGUCCAACACAUGGCUAUCCAGAUUUUCCACCCAGUCCAGAUUCAUGGCUCGGAGAAUCGGUGUCCAGAUCAAAUCAAGCGGUCAACAAUCAAACAUCGGAUUGUUAAAGAGUCCCAUCAGUUGACCGGCAGAGUCAACCAGGAAACCUCGUGUUCGAAUAGGUACCGACACAUGUACAGAAAACAGAUAGGCAGAUGGAUGAAAAAAGGCGUAAGAAACUUAAACAUAUUCGUUUUCUGUGCAGUUGCCAUUGGGUUCACUAUAUUUGUUUUAUCGGUUGCAACUUCAACGAAAUAGAAGCUUUGAAUGAAAAUGUGAAAAAAAGAUCCAAUAUAAAAAAAAUCGUCAGACAAUGAUACCGUAAUUUUAUUUUCCACUGUGCAACAAUUGUAAGAAAUGCCAGAUGAUUCAAUAAAUUGAUCCUUUAAAGCUGUAGAGUCAGAGUCUUAGUCUAUAAAAACACACAACUGCAAAAUGAAUGAAGUUCAAAUAGAAGUCUACAACAAACUUGAUGGAAUGAAUUUGUCUAAAAUAUCAUUUUUGAAUCACAAUGGAGAACGGUACUUCCAACUCUUGAUGAAGACACGUGCCGUGUGUAGUAGCGAUUCAUGAAUAACAAAACUUCGAUCCAAUACACCAUCGAUUUAUCAAAAUUGUAGAAAGAGCCGGCUCAAACCCAGCCGGCCAAUACCGUGAAAAAAAAUGCAUUCGAAUAAUUUAAACAAAAAUCCCCUGGAUAGAGACGAUAGAUUUUAGCAAACAAAAAAAAUCAUUGUAUUAAUUUCAGAUCGCAAAACCAAAAAUCAAAUUAUUAGAUUCAGAAAAGUGUUUUCCGAUAGCUGUCAUAUCCAUUUUGUUUUUCAACUCUUAAACGUGUAUAUGUUCUUUUGAUUUUGUAUGAUCAUUUUGCUAUGGAAUUUAAAUAAAUGCGAUUGCUCAUACCAAAGGCAAAUUCUAAAGAGUACUAUACAUCUUUAGUUAUUGCAGCAUUUCACCAAACGAUUACCCAUUUCUUAAAAUAUAUUGUAAUAUGCAAAUGAAAUUGAUUUUUACCUGUAGAGCAAGAGUUUUCCGUUAAUCAUGUUGGCGUAAUGUGAAAGAAAAAAAAAAUCCACAAGAAAAUCACACAUAAAUACGUGAGUUCAAUUGAUUUUUCUGUUAAGAGUAAUUAAAAACAUUUAAAAUGAAACAAAAAAAAUGUAACGAAUUCGAAAUAUGAUUAAAUUGAUUGUUUGUGCAUAUGAAAAGAAAAAUAUUGAGAAAAAUCCAGUGAAAAAUGUUAUGAUUUCAUUUUGAAAAAAUAAAACAACAAUAGAACAUGAAAAAAAGCUGUAUGUUUAGUAGUACCCUUAUGAACGCUUCGAUAAAUGGCUUAAGUUACUAAACGACGAAGAGAAGAGAGAACAGUAUAAAUAUUGUAAAUACAGAAAAAUUAUGAUGCAUUGCAAAACUAAAUGUAAUUGUCAGUGAUUAUUAUAUUGCUUUAUUUUCCUUCCAUCCUUCUGCAUUUUACUAAUCGGAUCAAUGCAGAACCAUCGAGACUUGUAUAAUUUUUCGAUCUUUAACAUUAUCGGUUGAAUUACGUGAAUUUUUAGAAAUUAAACAUGUAUCAUUUCAAGAUUUUUAGGCUAUCGUUUAAACUAUCUGAUAUGAACAAAACAUCUUUCAAUCAUAUACGUUUUAUUUAUCUUCUAUUCUAGCGGUUAAGAGAAUAAAUUCUU